AUGUCUUCGAAUGCGACACCAUCAGGCAUCAUCAUCGAUGCUCAGACUGGCAAACGUUACAUUCCUUCGUCAACCCGACCGAAUGGCACCAAGCAACGGGCCGGUGCCGUUCACAAAUGGCCCAAGGAUUCAGACACCCCACGAUAUCACAACCCAGAAAGCAAUAUCGAAUAUGACAGCGCUGUCAGCAAUAAAAAUAUCAAGCAAUCAAACUCUUCUCGAUACCCAGAGAAAACAAGGAAGACCAGAAUAUCUGGCAGGAGUCAUGGUGUGAACUUUGACAAGCAAAAAAUACAUGCGUUGGGUGCUGAAGCUUACAAGUCCAAGAAGGAGGAUCCUACAAACAAAAUUGCAAAACAAGAUGCCAAGAACCAACUAAAUCUACAGUUUAACCGGGAAGAGUCUCGCAGCUCGGAAGAAACGGCGGAACAAAAGCAAGAUCUACAUGCCAAGGAGGUCUCGCAGAUGAAGAAUUUGUCUAAGAAGCUGCCUGACCUUGGCGAGACUUCUGGUGAUGGUGAGGCUAAUGGCCCCCCGAGUUGGCUCGAUAUACUAAAAAUAGUUCAAGAGAUUGAGAAAGUUGAGAUUGUGGGGCUUCACAACGAAGAAAGCCCAAUGCCAGGGAAGAAUGUCGAGAAGAGGUGA